CUCUAUUUUCGUGAACAAUUGUACAUGGCUUUCACUAGCGGCAUUUUAGUUUAAGCAUCACACAGAAGCUUACACGAAAACUUUGAUUUCAAGUUAAGUAUGACCAUAGCUGAUUCACUCAAAGAGUAUGAUAUUCUGUGACACGUUAUUGCUAUUGACUUUAUGGCUUCAAGUUCUUGGAAUUGUCACUCCUUACAUCAUAAAUAUUUGGAAAACGAGUUAUAACCCACCGCUUCCUUUCAUCAGUCAUGCUGUCGGCAGUCCACCAGAAAAUGGCAUUUUUACACUUCUAAUGAUUCCAGGAAGUUUUUUGGGAGUUAUACUGUGUUUUAUCAUCCACAAAGUAUCUAAUGUGAAAGACAACAAAUUCAUUGAAUUACUGAAUGACGUUUCAUUUUGGUGUGGAGUCAUAUACUUUACAAGCUGGGUGGUGAUCAGCGCAUUUCCCUUUUCCUUCACUGAUUUGCCAAGUCAAUAUGAAUGGAUAUUUUGUGUACUGUGCGAGCACAUGAUUGGUGCUUUGCUGAUGCUAGCAAGCUCUGUCGUCUUCGUUAUACUGCAGGGUAUUAAAAGUUGGAUUACAAAUGAUGGCAAUAAUCAUCGAUGGAAAUUAGCAAUUUUUGUAGCUCCCGUUGCUUUGAUAGGUGUUUGUUCUCUUGUGUGCUUAGCGGUUGAAGAAUUGUGCACAGGAAAUGAAAAUAUUGCGAAAAACGGUCUUUAUAUUCUUCCAUCAAAAAUUUGUCGUGGUACGACACUACAAAAAGAAGUCUGAAAGAGGCAAGUACACCAUAGAGACUAUGGUAGAAGCUGUCAACAAAGUAAAAGAAGGAAGAAGUAUGAAAAGUGUAGCAGUGUAGUCAAAGUGUACCCCAGAAGAAGUGAGACCUUUGGAAAAAGCGGGCCCGAGAAAACAGACUGGCAAAGGAAGAAAAAAGAGAAAGUCAGCCAUUUUGACCGACACUCCGGUCAAAGAGCAGCUUAGACUAGAGCAGCAACAAGCUAAGCAGAGAAAACAAAUGAAAAAUGAGAUUAAAAAGAAAGAUAAGAAAAAUGUAAAAAAGAGUUUAUUUAAGAGACAAAUUGGAAAACCUAACAAGGCCGAAGAAAAUGAAGAAUCAAGUGAUGAAGAGGAAGAAGACUGUGCUUGCAUUUAUGCAUAUAAUUGUACAGUAAAUCUAAGGCUAAAGAGAUAUGGGUAAAGUGCACUCGUUGCAAAAGAUGGGCCCACGAGUCUUGCAUCAAAGAAAACCCUAUGUUCUUAACCCUAUGUUGCAUUAAUUGUGACAGUGACAAUGACGAUUAGUGUUUUUAACAGUUCUACAUGUAUUAAAAUUAUUAAGUAGCCAAGUUGGUGAUGAGUUUUUUUUCAAUGUAUAUUUACUGAAAAUCAAUAAAUAACCUACCUUGAAAAUAUUUUUUUUGAUUUCCUAAAUUAUAUUGAUAU